GGCACCACAACCUCGAGGGCUCUGGGAUUAUUUUCCAGCUGGAUUUUUCAGGCAGCCAUUUUGUGAACGAUGGGCGGUCUGGGUCCAGGUUUGUGGGCCGGUCUGGGUCCAGAUUUGUGGGCCGGUCCGGGUCCAGGUUUGUGGGCCGGUUCCGGGUCCAGGUUUGUGGGCCGGUCCGGGUCCAGGUUUGUGGGCCGGUCCGGGUCCAGGUUUGUGGGCCGGUUCCGGGUCCAGGUUUGUGGGCCGGUCCGGGUCCAGGUUUGUGGGCCGGUCCGGGUCCAGGUUUGUGGGCCGGUCCGGGUCCAGGUUUGUGGGCCGGUCCGGGUCCAGGUUUGUGGGCCGGUCCGGGUCCAGGUUUGUGGGCCGGUCCGGGUCCAGGUUUGUGGGCCGGUCCGGGUCCAGGUUUGUGGGGCUGAGGUUGAGGAUAUUGUAGAUAGUUGGUGAGGGAUCUUGGUGGUGGGAGCUGGUUGAGGGGUGUUGUAUCCAGUUCAGUCAUAGUCAUCAUGGACAACAAGGGGAGAAGGAAACUCCCUUCACUGGUCUGAUCUGGCC